UUAGAUUUCAGAGCACUAAACUUAGACAGCAUAACUUUUCCAACCAUAAUCAUCAUGGCAAAGAUUUCUUCUUCCUCCAUCCUCUUCCUGAUUGGUUUCCUCUUGUUGGUGAUAACCGUAUUCCCAGCUACUGACAAGUCUACUCCUACUCCUUCUGGUAAUGCACCAGAUGGUAGUGAAUGUCCCAUGAGGGAUGCCGCUAAUUCAAAAGGGACGAGUAGAAUAGUUGAUGGUCUAUCAUGUGAUGGUUGUACGAAAUCUUGUUUUAAGAAAUGUGGAAAAAGCAAAACAAAGACUCUUCUAGCUUGUAGGCAAAUGACUUCUACUAAGUGGAGCUGCGGGUGUUGCUGUUCCAAGGACUAGUUAUCAUCAUUGUAUACUAAUCUACUGUGAUGGCAUCAAGGACUGCAGAUAUGCAAGGACAUCGUUGUCAUUUUAGAAUUUCUCGUUUCUCUUUUUGUUUGUGCCUUUUUAUUUUUCCGUUCGGGUGAUUUUGCAGUUUGCUAGGUUUCCUAAUCUACUUGAGCUUUCAUACAAGAAAAUAAAGUAGCUAAGAUGCUAAAAUCUGUAUUAUUAUUUUUAGUUAGUG